UUUUGCUGCAGUUCUUGACACGAUCUUUGGUUUUUCAUCGCGUUUUGGCCUUUUUCCUUUACGGAUUUCUUUCCAAGGAGGCGUUUCAGCUGUUUUAAACAUGGAAAACUAUGAAAAAAUCAAAAGUAUAGGCCGUGGAGCGUAUGGAACCGUUUACCUUUGUAGAAGAAAAUGUGAUGGUCGUCAUGUCAUCAUCAAGGACAUUCCGGUCGAACAAAUGACUGGAGAAGAAAGGAGGGCCGCUUUAAAUGAAGUUCAUGUUCUGCAGAUGUUAAAACACCCUAAUAUAAUCGCUUAUUUCGACAGUUUCUUCGGAGAAACUUCUUUUAUGAUCGCAAUGGAAUAUGCCCAAGGUGGAACUUUGCAUAAUCUUAUCGAGGAACGCGAAGGCAAACUUUUGGACGAAGAAGAGAUUAUUCGACUGUUUGUGCAGAUUUUGGUAGCAAUUUAUCAUGUGCACAAACAAAAAAUCCUUCACAGGGAUCUUAAAACACAGAAUAUCCUACUGAACAAAACACGGAAGGUUGUGAAGAUAGGCGAUUUCGGCAUUUCGAAAGUGUUGAGCAGCAAAAGUAAGGCUCACUCUGUCAUCGGCACUCCAUGUUACAUUUCGCCUGAGCUGUGUGAGGGUAAGCCGUAUAAUCAAAAAAGUGACAUUUGGGCUCUUGGCUGUGUGCUUUAUGAACUAGCAACACUAAAAAGAGCUUUUGAGGCGUCUAAUCUGCCUGCUCUUGUGCUGAAAAUCAUGAAAGGAAACUUCAAUCCCAUAUCUGAAAGAUACAGUGAGGACAUGAAGAAUCUUGUUCUAAGCAUGUUACAAGUUGAUCCUGCCAAGAGACCGACCCUUCCACAGAUCAUGGCACAGCCUCUGGUAGUAAAUGCACUGUUCAAUAUGGGCACUGACAUUGGGCGAGUGCCAUGUAACAGAACUCCAAGACCUGUUGCAGGGAUAUCUGGUAAUGCUACCAUUCUUGAUUGUAUUGUAUAAUUAGCAAUUAAUGUAUGAGGCUGAGUAGGAUAUGAAGAAUUAAGCAGAUCAAGGAGGGUGUUAUCUACCAAGGUCGAAGGCCGAGGUGGAUAACAGUCUCCGAGAUCUGCUUAAUUCUUCAUAUCCUGCGAAAGCCUAUUUCAUUAAUUGUUUUAUUAUUCAUUCAAAUUAUUUCCUAGUGUAAAAACAUAGCUAAAACAUGCCUACCUGCAUCAAUGUUAAGUUCAUCUUCGAUAGUGUACGUUUAGGUUUGUCCAGCUCCGCAAAUAUUCUCCAAAUAGCAGAUGUCGCCCUCCGAGUUGUCUUCUUGCUGUUUUUGCCAUGUUUUUAGUUAUUAUUUCGCCUAGUUCCAGCUGCAGUUCUUACUCUUGAAACGAGUGAAAUGUCCGCCUUUUUUUCACGACCAAAACAACUCAACCUCGUCCCCAGGUCUUCUUGGUUAACGGUGCCUUAACCUGUAGAAGGCUGCAUUUUUGACAUCAUUUCCUCGUUAAACACAAAAUUCUUCCAAAUAUGGUCAUCAGUAACUGGUUAUGGUGAAUUAUGCGUGUGCUCGUAGCCAAUCAGAAUUGGGGAAAUAUUUUGAAUGAAUAAUAAUGUGUUUUAUAAGAUGACUGGUUCAGCAUGCAUAUAAUAAAGCGAAUUCUACUUUCUGAUUGACUACCUGAAUGGGCCAGAUGGGCCUAACUUGCUUGCUCCAGAUUCCCACUUUAUCCCGCAAGAACAGAUUUUGUUUGGGCCAUAUGCUUUAAUAAUUCCUUUAUUGACCAAGCCUGUUUUCAGUCAAGAUGGCUGGCAUACUGGCCUCAUUCCAUUUAUGUAACUUUUUUUUAAAAGACCCAAACUUCCUCUUGGUUCAUAAAAAUACAAUAGAAGAACAUCAGGGAUCCAUAUUUGCAAUCGUCCGGCCGACUUCCGACUACAGUCUCGUACGGACGAUUAAGAUAACUUCAUAAGUCGUCCUUUGGAUGAGUGAGGUUUUGUUAGGCCAGAAAAUCUUGUAAAAAUUCUUAGAUGAUUUUAUCAGUCAUUCUCUCAUAGUUAGUUUUCCUUUAGUCCCUCAAUAAGUCGUGGGGGUACGAUGUUGGUAACUGUUGACUAUGAUUCAGUGGCGUUUGUUCUAAGUUAGUACACCAAUUCUCUAAAGUGUGUCGUUGAUAGUAGUCUGUAGAAAAUAUUAAAAAUCAAUAAAAUAUUAUUAUAGUGAUUAACCCUGGCAUUCUCAUGCCCUGUAUAUUUGAUUAUUAUAUGUAAGCAUAAAAAGAGUAAUGAGAAUUUUGGUUUUGGUCACUGUCAGAGUUUAUACAGUGUAUAUAAAUAUUCCUUCUAUUGUUUGCUGUCAUAAGUAAAUAAAACUGUCUUAACAUGUCGAUUACUGUAUCACUUUGCUUUCAAAGCUGCCAUUCCUCCUACUCGUGCUAGAUCUUCAAGUACCAACAGACCUACAGGUACGCAAAUCUAUCGCACAAGUUCUUCAAAGUCAGCAUCUCUUUCCCUGGAUGGCCUUUCUGAUAUGGAUGCAUAUUCCACUAAGCCACUUGAGCCCAGGUAUUUAGUGUACCACUGGGGUGGCGGUAUCACCACACCCACUAAGCUACAACUUCCGCAACAUGACUCUGAUGUAGUGCAGGUCGCAUCUGGAAGAACAAUGAAGACAGGAGUGACAGGCGGUGGCCGUGCAAUCAUCUGGGAUUCAAACAAGAAAGCAAUGGAUGUGUCGUCAGAUGUUACUGCAGACAGAAAGAAGUUACUGGAGGAUCUUUGGCUACCAAAGUUUCUUGAGGGGCAGUCUGGGGUGACAAUUGUCCAGGUGUCCUGUGGAGAUACGUUUGCAGCUUGUUUGACAGGUACAUUGUGUAUUAUAAUUACAGAGCUUUCCAUCUUGAAUGCAGUCAAAUUUAAUAUUUUUGAUGGCAAGGCUCUUUAGGUGAGGCAGCACACCAUUCUGUACAAUAGCGGAAAAAUGCCAAGAUUUGUUUGGAUGUAAGAACCGAAGCAUACACAAUCAAUUGUUUUCGUAUUAUCUGGGAUAUUCACCCUUGUGGGAUGACAUCACGUGAAACGCACGUAGACGAGAUUGAGAGAUGUCAAGUAAGUUUCCAGAAUGUAAGUAGAUUCUAGAUGCGCAAGAUGAGCGUUUAGUAAAUUGCUACUGUAUAUAAAUAUUUUCUAGAUGUCUUUAUUUGCUUGUGGGUGUAUUCAUCAAGGUCUUGAUCCAAAGCGUUUUGGUAAUGAAUCUCGAGGAAGACUCGAGAUUUAUAUGUGUUUGGCUGCUCCAUUUGAUGAUUCGCGAAUAGUUGAAAGCACAAAGGUAUCAAUUAAAUCCUCCUUCAUGGAGAUAGUUUUUUCUCUGUGCAUUCAACAGAAGUGAUAUGCCAAGCUAAAGUUAUAUUCUUCUGUUCGGAUUGAGUAAACUGCCAACUCUAGCUUGCUGUUCUGCGAAAAUGUGCGAAAAGCACAAAGCAAACCAGCGUUUGUUAAGCGACUUCGGUGCCACAUGUAAUUAAUUAAUGUAUUCUUUGCCUGUUGAGGCGUUAAAUUUGAUUGUUGUGUGUGGUUAUCUCUGUCCAUUGAGGUAAAUAUCUAAUUCAGCUGAUAAUUAUUUUGACCAUGAGUCACGUUUGUCACUUAAUGCAAAAGAAACGCUUGGAACCAUAUGGAUUUAAAAUGUAAAAUCAACUGUAAAAUCAACUGUAAAAUUAUUAGAUUUUUGCCAAGCAUAGGCUACCAUCGAGUCCAAUUGUUUUUAAGCACCACAUUAAACCUGUUAAUAUUCAUGCGUUGAUAUCUUCGCACCUCCAUUCGCAAAUCGGCAGAAAUAUUGAAAAGUAGACAGAGUAGAACAGCCAAACACAUAAUUUAAGAUAUUUAAUAUCUUGCACUCCUUGGGAUUCAUUACUUAACCAUUCAUGGCAUUGAUGAAAUUAUUUCCACGGAUAAAUAAAGAUAUGUAAAAAAUGUAAACGAGCAAUUACUAAAAACUCAGGCCUGCUUGCACAGUGGAAAUUUAACCGAACGACUUUCCUUUUUUGUUUCACAAAUACACAGAAAUAACAUAUUUUUGUUUUAAAAGGCUAUUACCCACCCUUAUUCUCACAGGUCAUUUUCAUUUUCUUCACUUUAUAUAUUUUCAAAUUGUAGUCUCCGUAUUUUCUUCCAGCUUUGAUGCCAGCACUUUCUUUCAAAUUGAAACUCCGAGUUUUGGAUUAUUACAUAUUAUAUUGAAUAUGUUUCUGGGAAACUGCCCACCCACCCGUCCCUUAAGCCAACAUUUUGCUCAAAGUGAGAAGUACAUCUGUAAGUGUUAAUGUUGACUUAGGGGAGGGGAAUGUGGGUAGUUUCCCAGAAACUUGUAAUGAUCCAAUCUUUUUUUUACCCUGGGCAAAUGACCCUAAGGCUAAGGUAUUUGUUCAGUCUAGAAAUACAUGUAAGAAAUAACCCGUCUAAACAAGGAUCAUAAUGAACUUGAAUUUAAGCUUUUCCUUUGGAUAUUAACAAGCAGUUAUCACAUUUUUCUUGCCUGUAUCCAUUGCGUAGUAGUCAUAGAUGACAAGGUGACUUGCAAUUGACCCAUGCCCAUUGGAGAAGUGAGUUUAAAAUGUUACUUACCCAGAAAAAAAAUAAUUUAUACUCAUCACCCAGAUAGAGUUUUUUUGUCAAGCUCUGCUUAAGGUUCUAAGGGCUGAUCUGUCCCACAUGACAUUUUGAAUAUUGGGCCAUUCACAAAAACUGCAGACUGUAUGAUUGCUUUAGAACUGAAUUCACUGUGUCAGUGCCCAUGUGUCCUGAUCUUAGUAAUGACUGCAUGAACACAUUUGUUCAUAGUUUUCUGAGAUAGGCAGUAAAUGAAGUUUAUUUAUUUGAUUAUUUACUUAAAUGCAACCCCAAACUUUGUUGCAGAUCGUGGCAUUCUCAUGACUUUUGGAAGUGGUACACAUGGUUCAUUGGGGCAUGGUAACUAUAAUGAUGUUUUACAAGCAAAGAUUGUGGAGGCUUUGAUUGGAUUUGAAGUGGAACAGGUACCAUCUGUGAUGUCUAAUUACAGUUACAGUGUAUGACCAACAAUUUAGUGGCAGAUCUAUGUAAGGAAAGGGGGCUGGGGGCCCCACGUUAUGUAUAAGCCUGACUGAGGCCCACAGGGCCAAGAAAAAAUUGUUUUCAAGAAUGCCCAGCAUGCAAAGGAAGCAGUUUCCAAUAGCUCGUGGCUAUAGAUUUUGCUACUGGGCUAGUGAGUUCUGUUCUUAACUUGCUUGACGGACAAGAGAAGUUUUGGGGGAAUCCAAAAUUACAGAGGAAUUAGUAAUCAUAGCUUGUUAUUAUUUAUUUAGUUAUUUAUUUGCAGGCUGGUUGAAAUGACUUUUCGGCUAGGACAUACUACAACCUUUAACUGCAUGUACAUAAAACUGACUUAUCUUAGGGACAGGACGAGCAGGCCCCUCACUAAAUUUAAAGAUCCAAAUCUGCCAAAACUUCAUUAUUUCUAGGGUGAUUGGAGUGUGCUAUGCAAAGUUAAGCACUGACUAAGGGUAACAAAAAUGAGUUAACGUUUUGUUCUUGGAAAUCGUGUUCCUGCAACAUAACCUGCGAUUACUUUUUUGUGUGUCUGUAAGGAGACUCUCCCCCUUUAUUUUGUUAGAAAACAUAGUGUGUAGAUUCGUUAUUGUGAUCUGUCGUUAAAAUCUGUAGGUAUCCUGUGGCUCUGCCCACGUGAUGGUUGUAACAACUGACCGCGAGCUAUUUGCCUGGGGACGAGGAGACAACGGCCGUUUGGGGCUUGGAAACCAGCAGUCAUACCCUCUACCUCAACCCGUGGGCCUGGAACCUGGCUUCACGGCCAAAGCUGUCAAAUGUGGUGUGGAUUGCUCCUUUGUUCUGGCCCUCAACUACAGGUUGUUGGCUUGCGGUAGCAACAGAUGCAACAAGCUGGCCCUGGAUAGCAGUCAAAACACUGUCGAGGAAUCUCAGACAUUCACACCUAUAACUGCCCGGCUGCUGACGGCCGAUCAUGUCAAAGCUGUUACCAUGGGAACAUCCCACGCCGCUGUGCUGACUGCCAGUGGUAAAUGCGUGACAUUUGGCUCCAACUCCUUUGGGCAGCUAGGCUAUGACCGCGCGGUGUCCUCGCGUGAACCCCAGAUUGUACACGCCUUAGAGAACAAGCAAUUGACUCUAGUGUCUUGCGGUGACACAUUUACAGUCGCAGUAAGCGAUGAGGGUGAAGUGUUCUCGUGGGGUAAAGGAUCGCGCGGACGGCUGGGGUACCAAACCGACGAGGACUGUUCUACACCCAAAUGCUUGUCUCUGCCAUUAAAACUCAAGGUUUUGUCUCUUUGUUCAAGCCACUGCUCCACAAUGCUCUGCGGAAAAGUGCUGUAAUCACGUACUGACAUUUUGACUGCCAACUGUCCUGGCUUUCAGCUAAUUGUAAGGGGAUAAACUAUCGAUGGCCUUUAUCUAAAAACCAUGUGUAUUAGGGCAACAUGAGCUUGUGGGGUAGUUUGAAUUUAGCUAACUCAUGUUAAUAAGAAUCUAUAAAACUAAUGAUAUUUACAAACAACAUAUUAAAACUAAAAGUAGAUGCGG